AUGAGCCGCGAGUCACUUGUAGAAAGCGAUCCACCAAAGACCUCGCCAUACACUGCUAAAUUCCAUCCAGUUCCACCGCCUUCUAGAGACGAGCGACCAAAGUCUGCAACACCUCCUAUCGCUCUGGCAUUGCCUCGAUUGAUCGAGGCUGAAAGAAGGCAAGAACAGGCGAAGCUUCUCAACCCAGAAGUUGAGGCAUCCACUAUAGACAAUGACAGAGUUGAUUUGCCAUUGGAGUCAGCUCGCAGCUUCUCGACAGCAAUCGAGUGGCCUGGCCGUCUGCCUAUGACUGACGUUGGUCCAAGUAAUCCUACCGUUAGACAGUCUGUCUCGUACGCUGAAGCAGCCAAACACGAUGAGCAUCAUGUCAAGCCUAGGUCGAGUGUGGUCAAGACCACAAUACGUGAUCUCUUGUCUGCCACGAAACGACGAGUCUCGGGGAAGAGCGCGUCUACCACUAAGGAGGACAAAGUCGCUCAGCCAAUCAUAUGGGAAUCGGAAAUCGUGCAAAGUGCAGGCGACCUUCAGGACAUGACUCUUCGCGAUGUCAAUGUGCAUCUUCCUCACCUGCAAGCUACACCCGACGAGGUGAAAGAACUUCAAUCGCUUGAUGGUACAGACUCAAACAAGGCGGUAGAGCCGUUUGCACACAAAUUUGACGUGCCAUCAAAAACGUCUUCGCUGAGCCCUAUCAAACCUACCCCAUUCACCCCUGUUCGUGGCCGACCUCGCGAGGCACACUCUCCAGGUGGGCGACCUUACGCAAUCGACCAUCGAUUCAAUUUGAGCCCAUCCCGGAGCAACUCUCGUGGUAGCAGAGGCAGUGUUACCUUUAACAUUAAAGCUCGAGUCAGUCCAGGUCGUGGUCUUGGAAAGGAUGAUACUGAGUUAUUUGUUACAGCCAAUAUUGAGUCAGAUCAUUCGGAUGAAGGCAAUUAA